AUGCCGCCGCGCCUCGCCGCGCUCUCCACCGGCUACCACGGCGUGCGGCUCCGCCUCUCCGGCCGGUGGGGCGCCGAGAUCUUGCGCGGCGGCGAGCGGUUUUGGCUCGGGACUUUCGACUCGGCCGAACUCGCCGCCCGCGCGUACGACGUCAUGGUGUGGCGCUACGAUGGCGCCGCCGGGCCACGGAACUUCUUCGACGUCGACAACCUCGCGGCAACCGAGUUCGUGGCUCCGACGUUCAGCGUCGUUACCCGCGCCGAGGAGCGCACCGUCCACCGGGAAUACAUGCGGAUGUCCAUCCGGAACCGCGAUGAGGCGGAAAUGGCCACCUUUUGUGUGGCGCAUCCGCAACACGUCGCAGAGGAGCUCGAGUUCUACGCGCAACUGGCGGCGCAGCGAGCUGCGGCAGCCGCUGCUCGUCCGUCUUCAUCCUCGGCGCCGCCUCCCACUAUCGUAUUUGACGAUAGCUCUGAUGACGACGAUCCCGAUUGGUGCGACAAGAUGGUCGCGGAUCUGUAG